UUUAUGCACUGACGUAUUUAGAAUGAGGACAGACAGUCAUUUUAUUACAGAGGGAUAGAAACAGAUACAGCUAAAGGCCACAAUCGACGCCCCAGACAUGACUCCUCUCCUCUUCCUCCUGUUCAUCAUUACCACAGCGUUAGCAGCCAUCGUCCCUGUAAGAAGCUCCAAACAGACGACAUUAACUGGAUCAGAAGGAGGAUCCAUCAGCAUCCCGUGUUUCUAUGGUGAGGAGCAUAAAGACCUUGUGAAAUCCUGGUGUAAAGGGAAAGACACGUCAUCCUGCAGCCCAGAGACACGCAGUGACUCCCUACCGGCCAUGAACAGAGUGUUCAUCACUGAUGAUCCCCAGAACUUAGUCUUCAUUGUGACUAUGAGGGACCUGCAGAAGUCAGAUGAAGGCAGUUACUGGUGUGCUGUGGGUGAUGGUCAGAUACAUAAGGCCACCUCUGAUGAAGAAUACAGGUUGAUUACUGCAGCUAAAGAAAGAAGUUCCACCCUGAAGACAUUCAGUUAUUUAAGCGGACAAACGGGAGGAUCCAUCACCAUCCCGUGUUUCUAUCGUCAGGAGCAUAAAAACCAUGUGAAAUCCUGGUGUAAAUCAGGAAAUAGCCCCCCCUGCACAUCAUCUACUAAAGCGACACAGACCAUCGCUGAUGAUCCCGAUAACUUAGUCUUCCUAGUUACCAUGACGAACCUGCAGCAGCCGGAUUGGGGACAUUAUUGGUGUUCUGUGGGUGAAGGAAGAACUAAGGAAACGUCUGACAGUCUGUUCUUCCUGGUUACUCCAAAUGGUCAGAGUGUGAGGACUGAGAGCUGGGUUUCUGCACCAAGAGGAGGAUCUGUCACCAUCCCAUGUUACUAUGAUCAAAACUCUAAAGAUAAAACCAAAUACUUGUGUAGAGGAUAUGAAUGGGAUUCCUGCACCAGAAUAGCACAGUCAGAUGGGGAACAGAGUAGAGGGACAGUGUCAGUCUCUGAUGACCGUGACCAAAUGGUGUUUAAUGUGACCAUAAGGGACCUGCAGGAGGAGGACUUUGACUAUUACUGGUGUGCUGUGGAGGCGUCUGCAGCACAAAGCGAUCGUGCCUUUAUGCCCCUGAUAGUCCGGGAAGAAAUUCAUGUCCCGUCUACACAACAGACAGAAUGGAACCAUCGUACGGCACUGAGAAAUGCUGUUCCUUCUCCUUCUCCUUUGACAUUCAAGUCAACAGAAAAUAACUCUACAAAUUCCAAUAUAAGCUAAGACAUAUAUCCGGAUAGGUUCCUUGAUCCAAUUUAUAGAAGCCCCAAAAUGUCUGUUCUCGUUAGUGGGAAAUAGGAAAAAUCUAUCUUUAGAUGUAUAAGACCUUCCCAUUAAACAAGGAAUCAUUAUAUAUUACAUACGAAUGUAUUACAUGUAUUAAUUUAUGAAUAUGAAUAUAUUACAAAGAAUGUAGUGUUUUAUUUCAUGAUGUUUAUACACUUCUCAUUGUUUUUUGCAUUAACAUGGAUGUUAAUGAUUCCCUGUUUCACAGUAUUGUGUUCUGACAGGAGGCUUAUUUGUCAUACAGACUGAUUCUGGUUAGACUGAGCUUCCUGAUUAUUUCCACUAGGGGGCGAGCUCUGCAUAUCACCCUGCACACAGCUGUUGGCCUCGUCUACUUAAUCUUCACCAUCGUAGCUGUGAUGAAAACAUGGAGCUACUGCAGUAAGUAGCUGAAUCGUGGCCUUUUAUCUCA